AUGACCUCCAUAUCCGCAUCACUGUCACCACCAGCAUCAAGAAUAACAACAUGGCCACUUGAAUUUGAAGAAUUUGAUGCUUCUUCCUCGUCGCGUCCAUCUCAACGACUAGCUGUACCUUCCCAUAAUCCAGUAUCGACAUCCAAUGGUACUUCGCGUUCAAACAAACGUCAACGUGAAGGAUCCAAUUCCAAUUCACCUAAAAGACAAUCACAAUCGAAACGCGUAAAUAGAUUAAGGGAAGCCACACCUAUAGAUGAUGAUUCAAAUACAAAUACCUUCUUACAUACAUUGGAAGUUGAUCAAUAUGCAGAGGGAACGGGAACGUCUUCUUACCGAAUUAUGGAAGAUGAAGGUCAAGGAGUAAACGCCUCUGGACCAGCAUCAAUUUACCCAACUACUACAGGAGCAGGACCGAGUUCAUACGCUCAUGAUCAAGAUGAUAUCCGUCAAUGUAUAGAAACGAGCGAAAAUGAUGAAGGUGAAGGUGAAGAUGGAAGUGUCUUAUUUUCAGAACAAGCUGGAACUGGUAAAACUGAAGUCGAAGAAGAUCAAAUGGAAGAACAAGAAAAUGACACAGGGGAUCAAACAAUCGUAAUGGAUGAAGAAGGUAAACAUCGACUUGAAGAACAUGAAUUUUUCGUUGAAGAAGAAGAGGAUGACGACGAAUCUCGACAGUCUCCGGAAGAAGGAGAUUUAGAAGGAGAUGAAGAAGAUUACCUUGUUGAAUUGGAAGAAAGUCAUGAACCACAAGAUUUGGUGGAAGAACAAGUAGACUCUAUCCAAAUUGCACACAAACCAAUUCCAUUAAAUAUUGAUUCUAGACAUACGAUGCCACCACCAUCUGCAGAAAUUACCGUGCAAACUCGAAAAUCAAGUUCUUCACGACAAGCAAAUUCCGCUGGUGGCAUGCAUGAUCAAAUGACACAAGUGAUAGAAGGUUUAAAAGGUGUAGCGAAUUCAAUUCCACGUUCAUCAAAUGCACAGUCUUUCGUAGAUUUAAAUGAGCAAGCUUGUUCUGAUAAUUUUGAGGAAAGAAAUUCACCUGAAAGUUAUCAUUCAGGUGAUUCAGAUGAAUAUGAAAUGGAUCAUCGUCCAGUUCUGGAGAGAACAGCUGUUAAAAGGGAUAUAAGGCAUCUUACAGAUAGUUUAACAAUUCUGAGAGAUGGCAUUGAAGGUUUGGAAGGUUUUUUACCAUAUCGUGUAGUGGAUAGAUUAGGAGAAGGUACUUUCUCGUCGGUAUAUCUUGCUCAUGAUUGUCUAAAUCACACCUAUUCAAAUGAGUACUGGAGCGGGAAACCUGAUAGCCCAUAUCUUGAUGUUGAUAAUCAUGGAGAAGUCAAAGUUGCCCUCAAGAAGAUAUUGGCUACUAGUAGUCCGGCAAGAAUCGAGAAUGAACUGGCUAUUCUUGAAGCUCUAAGAGGUUGUCGAAAUGUUUCGCAACUAAUCAGUGCUUUCAGAGAAGAGGACCAAAUCAUAAUUGUACUACCAUUUCAUCGAAGUGAUGAUUUCAGACAUUUCUAUCGACAUAUGGACCCACCACAUAUACGGUCUUACCUUCGAAGUUUGUUCCGGGCUUUGAAAGAUAUUCACAAGCGUGGUAUCGUUCAUCGCGAUGUCAAACCAGCAAACUUCCUUUAUGACUACGAGACUGGAGGUGGUGUUCUAGUGGAUUUCGGUCUUGCAGAGCGGUAUUACCCUCCACGUAAACCAACAUGUCAACAUUCCCCUGCAACGCCCUUAGCCCUUCAUGGCUCGAGGAUCAAAACCAGUGAGACGCCCGUUGUGGAACAAGCUGUUUAUGACGCCCGUAAGAAGACCAAGCAAGGCGAAGGACGGGUUGGCUUUCCUCAUGAAGAUAAGAGACCGAGUAUCAAGACGAACAGAGCUGGUACAAGAGGUUUCAGAGCUCCUGAAGUGCUGCUCAAAUGUCCAGAUCAAACGGUAGCAAUCGAUAUCUGGUCUGCGGGAGUUAUGCUUCUUUCAAUUCUAAGUCACAAAUUUCCCGUCUUCAACUCAAGUGAUGACAUCGAAGCUUUGAUGGAGAUCGCUGCCAUCUUCGGCAGAGGUCCAAUGGAAAAAUGUGCUCUUCUUCACAACCGGACGAUCAUCUCCAAUGUUCCUACUCUCGACUCUCACCCACCAACCCUCGCUUCUUUAGUCCUGAAACUCAAUCCUCAUAUAUACACACCGCAUAUGACUAAUCCUACCCCCAAGGACGCUCAGGAGCAUAUAGUAGCGAUUGAUCAAACUAUUGACCUGUGUAGUAAACUCCUACGAUUGGACUGUACGCGAAGACUUACAGCUGCUCAGGCUCUUCGCCAUCCUUUCUUAGCACCUAGAGAAGGAGAAGAGGACGAAGAAGAAGGUAGAGAUGAGAUAGUAGAUCCUUUGGAUGGGAAAUGCGGGGAAUUGCAUCAGGAUGAAGAUGGCAGACAUCGAGCAUACCUACAUCCUGAUAUGCGAGAUCUAUCUUUCGGACAAGGUAUACCUCCUUCUCGUGAUUCACUAUGUCCAGAACAUGAGCAUUAUCAAGAACGGUUCCAAAUCAACCCACUUGUCACUCGUCGAUGGGUUACUCAAGCUGCAGAAGAUGAAGAUGGCGAUGCUGAUCCUGAAAUGGUAGAAGAUGAUGAAGGUGAAUUCGUUGUGGAAAAGCCAAUCAACACGAGUUCUUACAACGAAAAUCGAGCUUUGAGAGAAAGAGAUAUAAACGCUCAAUUCAGAGGAAGAGCAGUUUUGAUCGAUAAGAAGACAGGAGGUAUAACAACGAAUCAUUAG